AUGGCGCUUGGGUGUGGUGUAGAGAUGCUUGGUGAUCACCUGUGGAUGAAUAAGAUGGACUUCACAUGGGCAGCAAACGAAUCGUGCAAAGAGAGAGCCUGGUAUUUGCAAGAGGAAGAGCUGCUCUACAAGCUCUUUGGCGAAGUGGAGUCGCGAGUAGCUAAUGAUGAUGAGGAAGGUUGGGAGCGCGUUUCUGGGAGUGGAAAGACGAGUUCCGUGGAUGAGGAUUUCAUGCGAGAGGAGGAGGAGCUUUCUUUGCUCUUUGAGGAAGUGGCCUGGAAGGCAAACCAUGAGGUGGGCGAUGAAGAAGAAAACUCGACGAUUCUGAGAGAGGUGAUGGAGCUGCUUGGUCUCACAAGCAAAAGGAUUUCCAAACUGUAA